AUCACUGACUGAAGCAUGCGCUUUGUCAAUUUCGGUCAUUGGCUAAUCAAAGGGAUUUAAAAUUACAACUCGUAAUAUCGGGCUAUUGCUCAAGUGUUGAACUGUGAUAAGUUUUAUUUUAAGAUUUUCGUGAUUAAUCUGAUGUGCAUUUAAUUAAGAAAUCUAAGUUAAUUUACAAGAUGCUUAUUAAAGAAUAUCGUGUAACUCUUCCUUUAACAGUUGAAGAGUAUCAAGUGGCACAGCUGUACUGUGUGGCGGAGGUGUCCAAAAAUGAGACGGGCGGCGGCGAGGGAAUAGAGGUCAUCAAAAAUGAACCUUUCAAAGACUACCCAUUACUCGGAGGCAAAUACUCAUCAGGGCAGUACACGUACAAGAUCUACCACCUCGCGUCCAAAGUGCCCGCCUUUAUCAGGUUGCUGGCGCCGAAGGGCUCCUUAGAAGUACACGAGGAGGCGUGGAACGCCUACCCCUAUUGCCGCACAGUACUCACGAAUCCCGGAUAUAUGAAGGAAAACUUCGUUAUAUGCAUAGAGUCUUUGCAUGUACCAGACGCUGGAGACCAACAGAAUGUCCACGAACUGCCCCCAGAGAAACUCAAGAACCGCGAGGUGGUGCACAUCGACAUCGCCAACGACCCCAUGUCGUCGGCCGACUACAAGCCGGAGACGGAUCCGACGAAGUUCAAGUCGGAGAAGACCGGCCGCGGCCCGCUCGUCGGACCCAAUUGGAAGAACGAGGUCAAACCCGUCAUGACCUGCUACAAGCUCGUCACGGCCGAGUUCAAGUGGUUCGGGCUGCAGAGUAAAGUAGAAAAUGUCAUCCAGAAGUCGGAACGGCGAUUGUUCACCAUAUUCCAUAGGCAAGUGUUCUGCUCUAUGGACGACUGGUUCGGCAUGACGAUGGCGGACAUCCGCGCGAUUGAGGACCGCACUAAAGAGGAGCUGGAACGACUGCGCCGCGAGGGCGAGGUGCGCGGCAUGCGCGCCGACAAUGAGUAGGCCGACGUCUAUCCAACAUGGCGACUCACACGGCUGCUCCUAACAUACCAGUAUUAAUGUCCGGUGUCGUCCGAUAUCAGGCUUAGCACGGUAAUGCAAAACAGUGGCAGAAUUUUAGAAAUAAAAAAAACAGUACGUCAAUCUGUCACUUUGACAUAUGGCGGCCAUGUUUGUGUGCGUUGCCAUAUUGGUUGCCGCCAUCUUUAUGACGUCAGACUUCACUGGCCAGUAGCACUGGUACAGUUUAGGAGCACAAGCAUAAAUGUCUAGAUUAAAAUCGUUCAAUUUAGUAGAAUACAGUGAAAUAGGACGUGCUUUCAGCGAUAAUAGUCCAUGUUCUAUAUUAAAUCGUCGCGCCCGUGCCGACCGCGUGCGAGCGAGGGCGUUCUCGCGUAGGUAACGUUUUAAAUAUAUCUAUAUCUACCUAUCUGUUUCUAUGAGUAUCUAUUUGAUAAAGAAUUAUAUUACCGAGUAUUCCUGCGCUCCACUCUGCCCGCGUACUCGCGGUCCGGUCCUCGAACUCGAGCCCUUCGUCUAGCGCCGUGGUCCCCAACCUUUUUUUCAUACGGGCCACAAACAUGUCUUGGUCUUGGUGUUACA